GGUGCCUUGGUGACAUCUGCAACACUAAAUAAAGAUUCUCCCGAGCCUUAGCACGGCGGUUCUGUGACAAAUAAGAAGACUAGAGGCAACUUUGGCUGCCAAAGCUGCGAGAUUGGUGAGGUUGAGCCGCUUGUUUGGUUCCCGGGAGGGACCAGCAAAGUUAAAUACUCCUGGAAAAGCCGAGUUGGGCCCAGAAGCAGCCAUUCCCUCCCCCCAGCUAGCAGCCCCCACGGGAAGACCAUGAGCUGGAGCAUCGAAGAGAGGGAGGGGGAAGAACUCUCCUGAGGUGUGGAGCUGCGCAAAUGAGAAGCAGGUGCCACCAUGUUCCUGAAUAAGUGCGAGGGGGAUCUGGGUGAGCUGCGGAAGCCGGGGGACGGCGAGAGCACCCCGCCGGCCGCUGCCGAGGAGGAGCAGCCCAAGAAGAAGCACCGGCGGAACCGCACCACCUUCACCACGUACCAGCUGCACGAGCUGGAGCGUGCCUUCGAGAAGUCCCACUACCCCGACGUGUACAGCCGCGAGGAGCUGGCCAUGAAGGUCAACCUGCCAGAGGUCCGCGUGCAGGUCUGGUUCCAGAACCGACGAGCCAAGUGGAGGAGGCAGGAGAAGAUGGAGGCCAGUUCCAUGAAGCUCCAUGACACCCCUGUGCUCUCCUUCAACCGGCCCCCCAUGACCCCCAACGUGGGGCCCAUGAGCAACUCCCUCCCACUCGACCCAUGGCUGACGUCCCCCAUCUCCAGUGCCACCACGGUCCACAGCAUCCCCGGCUUCAUGGGAGCCCCCCAGGCCCUGCAGCCCCCCUAUGCUGGGCACUCCUUCCUCAACACGCCCCCGCCGAUGGCGCAGGGCAUGCAGCCCAUGGCCCCCGCGCCCUACCAGUGCGGCACCCCCUUUGUGGACAAGUACCCGCUGGAGGAGGUGGACCAGAGGAGCUCCAGCAUCGCCUCGCUGCGCAUGAAGGCCAAGGAGCACAUUCAGACCAUUGACAAGACCUGGCAGCCCAUUUGAUGAACGCUCCCCUCCGAGCUCCCCAGCCGCCGCUCCUGCCCUGGCGCUGGCUCGGCCCCGCCGGGCGAGGGAGGACAGCAGGUGCUCACAGGACCAAAGCUGGCAUCGGGCAGGGAUGCCAGGCUGCCUCUUCCCCACACUGACCCAGAACCGGUGGUGUCAGGGGAGCUGGCAGGGCCCCACGGCUGCGGGGAAGCACUCCAGGAGAGCCCCUUUGCCUCUCUGAGGCACCAAGAUCAGCUGAGGACCUGGCUGAUGCUCAGGCAUCCCACUGUGCCACCGGGCCACCCACCACACCCCACUUGGACACCUCCUUUCUCCACACCCCUUCCCUUUUCCAUUAUUAUUAAUUUUUUUUAAUGCUGCAGAUUUAAACAAAACUGAACAGAAAUCUCUAGUUUUGUAGGGAGUACUUGGGGGGAUGUUUUAGCUGCGUGGGGCACGCUGCUGGUCGUGCCAGGAGAUGCGCCGAGGCCACAGGUGUAUUGUGAGUAAAGAGAUAAGCUGGA